GAAAGACACCGGAGUGCCGAGAUAUGGACCGUAUGCUUUCCCCUCAUUUCUCGCUUCUUCAUUAUUCUCUAUCUUUAUUACCAUGCGUGUUACGUCCCGACCUCAGACCACACCAUUAGACCCCGUCUCACAACCCGAUUAGAUUGCCUGCCCAUUACUAUACACACAUCACGUCUAUAG